UUGAAGGGUGUACAGUUCUUGUCAAAAUUGUUUAUCACCAUUCAGUGCAGACUACCUGGUGGACCUGUUGGUAUCUUUUUGACCCUUGCGCUCUCUAAUCUUAUCUAUUGUAUCGUAAUCCAACAAGGAGAGAAAACUUUAUGCUAAACCCCGUCCUGAAAGUGAUUCGAAAUCUUGAUGGUUUGAUUAAGCUGUGGCAAGCUGCUUCUAGUGCUGGGGAAUCCAGCCACUAUUUGCAAGGAUAGGAAUUUGAAAUUAUUGGUAAAAUGGAGUGCUGCUGUUUAUCACUCUGGGCAGGAACCUUGUUCUUAGGGCUCCUUGCAGCAUUUAUUAAAUUUUUCAACGUGCUCUACAUUUUUAUGCACCCGGUGGAUGUGGAUUCCAAGAAACAUGGGGGAGAGAUAGUUGCUGAUGUUCUCAAAAGCCACGGAGUAAAAUUCAUUUUCACUCUGGUUGGCGGACACAUAUCACCUAUUUUAGUGGCUUCUGAGAAAUUAGGGAUCAAAGUUGUUGACACCCGACAUGAGGUGUCUGCAGUUUUUGCAGCAGAUGCUGUUGCUCGUCUUUCUGGGACUGUGGGUGUGGCCGCUGUGACCGCUGGCCCUGGCCUCACAAAUACCAUCACAGCCGUGAAAAAUGCUCAGAUGGCAGAGUCCCCCCUUCUCCUGAUUGGUGGGGCUGCAGCAACUAUUCUGAAAGGACGAGGAGCACUUCAAGACAUCGACCAAAUCUCGUUGUUCAAGUCAAUUUGUAAAUCCUGCUCAACAGUCAAAUGUGUCCGAGACAUAGCUCCUACCUUGAGAAAGGCCAUUUGUGAAGCUCAGUCUGGUACCCCAGGCCCAGUUUUUGUGGAAUUCCCAAUUGAUGUCCUGUAUCCAUUUGCCAUGGUGAACAAGGAAGUGCUUGGUUCCAGCAAGCCAAAGGGUUUCCUUGCUAACGCUCUUCAUUGGUACAUGAACAACUAUGUGCAAAACAUUUUUUCUGGUGCCUGGGAAAAGCGACCAGUUUCCCCCUUGAUGCCUAGCAUUCCUCUGCCAACAUCAGAAGAAAUUCAGAGGAGUGUGGAGCUGCUUUCGCGAUCCAAGAGGCCUCUUCUUGUGAUUGGGAGCCAGGCCACUCUGCCUCCAGUUCCGUCUGAAGAACUCAAGCAGGCUGUCGAGUCACUAGGAAUCCCUUGCUACCUAGGUGGCAUGGCGAGGGGUCUUCUGGGAUCAAAGAGCGGAAUACAAUUCCGUCACCAGCGAGGCAAUGCUCUCAAGCGAGCAGAUGUUGUCAUUUUAGCUGGAAGUGUCUGUGAUUUCCGCCUUCAAUAUGGCAGGUCAAUACCUCGCUCUGCUAAAAUCAUUUGCAUCAACCGCAGCAAGGAGCAGCUGUGGAAGAAUUCUGACGCGUUUUGGAAACCUACUGUGCCUGUCUUGGGGGAUGCUGCCACAUUCAUGGUGAAAUUAUCAGAAGCUCUUCGUGGAUCAUUUAAAGUUGACCAAGAAUGGAUUUCUGAGCUCAGAGAAAGGGAAAACAUCAAAGAAAAGGCAAAUGAAGAGAUGUCAUUGCAGCCAACAGACAAUCACAUCAAUCCCAUGAGGCUAUUUUUCGAACUGGAAAAAGUAUUGCCUGAUAAUGCAAUUCUUGUUGCUGAUGGUGGGGACUUUGUUGCCACAGGUGCCUACAUUCUCAGACCCCGAGGACCUCUUCAAUGGCUUGACCCUGGAGCAUUUGGCACUCUGGGUGUUGGAGGUGGUUUUGCAUUGGGAGCCAAGCUUUGCCGGCCUGACAGUGAAGUUUGGAUCAUUUGGGGAGAUGGCUCCUGUGGUUACAGUGUUGCAGAGAUUGACACCAUGAAACGUUUUGGAGCUCAUGUCAUUUCUGUUGUUGGAAAUGAUGCUGGCUGGACACAAAUUCUGAGAGAGCAGGAGCCAAUGUUCAAUAGCUCUGUUGCCUGCAAGCUAGAGCACACCAAUUAUCACGAAGUUUCUCAAGGCUAUGGAGGUGAAGGCCUGCUCUUGAAGUACGACAAAGAUGACAUUGCUGGGACACUUCGCAGAGCACAAACCAUUGGCCAAAAGUCAAGUGUGCUUCUCAAUGUAUGGAUUGGUAAAACUAGUUUCAGAGAUGGAAGUAUUUCUGUUUAAGCUGGAAUACAUUUCAUUAUUUCUGUGUCAUUCCAGAAUAGGGUCUUACAUAGAUGCAUUCCUGUACAAAUACUUAAUAGUCCUUAAAAAAAUGUUGGCCUUAUGACAAACUGUGAUUCAUAUAUAUUUUGUUUAUCCUUGUUUUGUUAUAAUUUUUAUAAAAUAUUUUUUGAAGCA